CCAUCUGGAAUUAAAAAUGCCACGUCAGAAAAUGGCGUGAAAUCUAACGUGCAGCCUCACUUUGUUUAUGCUUAAACCGACGGUCUAGAUGGAUUUGCUGCGCGUCGUAUCACGCGCCAAAACUGUACGUAAGUUUCACGUCUAUUCCAUUUCGUACGGAUCCUCUCUCUCUCUCUAAGUACUAACUCUUCUCCUUCUUCCUGCACUCUGUAUAUCCAUCCGCCAUUUUCACUCUCCCGAAGCUCUGUAAUGGGAGUGUUUUUUUUCGCUUUGAGUUCGGUGGAGCUUCCUGUGCAGUAGCUUUUGAGAUUGAGUUUAUUGAGAAAUGAUGCUCCAGCUCGGCCGUGAAACGCUGCUGUGAAAUCCGCUUUCCGGUCUCAGAAAUUGAAGCGAUAUUUGGUGAGGAAAUGGUGUUCGAGCUCUUGACAUCUUGUUUUGUUCGAUAUUUAGUGCCUCAAGCUUCCAGAAAAGAUAACAAGAUGAUGUCGAUGCGGAGAAGCCUGGCUUGCUGCACAAGGGACCGAGGAGUCAGCCUGGACAUGGACGAGCAAGAGAGGAUUAUGAUUUUUAAUGGUCUUGAGAGUUGCGUUUUAAACAAUCAAACCUAUGAAAAUGAAAGCGGAUCAGGUACAACUGACUCAUUGGAGGAUCAUGAUUCAAGCUGUUCUUCUAGCAAGGAUGCUUGUGGAUCUUUCUCCUCAAAAUGGUUGGCAAUGCCUAGGGACGAGCAGGAUUUGGAUGAGUGGGGACUAGCAGAAAGCCCUCAGAAAUUAUACAUGAAAGAGAAACAUGAUCACACCGUUCAGGAUUCAGACGUGGAAGCAAUGAAAGAAAAGUUCACAAAACUAUUGCUUGGUGAAGAUGUCACAGGAGGGCAGAAAGGGCUCAGCUCUGCCUUGUCACUGUCUAAUGCCAUCAACAAUCUAGCCGCCUCGGUUUUUGGAGAAUUCUGGAAAUUGGAACCUCUUCCUGAGGAGAGGAAGAGUAAAUGGAGAAGGGAAAUGAACUGGUUGCUCUCUCCUACUCACUAUAUGGUUGAAUUGGUUCCUACAAAGCAAAAUGGUACGAGCGGUAGAGUAAUGGAGAUAAUGACUCCGAAGGUUCGGGGAGAUGUCCACGUGAAUCUUCCAGCUCUCCAGAAGUUAGAUUCCAUUCUAAUUGGAACACUGGAUUCAAUGGCGAAGACUGAGUUUUGGUAUGCAGAAGUUGGUAGCAGGGCUGAAGGAAGAAGCAAGAGUAUGGACCAAAGCAUGAGGUGGUGGCUUCCAUUACCACGAGUACCAUCCACUGGACUAUCUGAGAAUGAGAGGAAGAAAUUGCUCAACCAUGGCCGAGUUGUACAUCAAGUAUUCAAAGCUGCCAAAUCCAUCAAUGAAAGCAUUUUGUGUCAAAUGCCCGUACCAACUGUUAUAAGGGAGGCAGUCCGAGCUUCUGGAAAAGCAAACCUCGGUGAAGAACUUUACAAGAUUCUGAUAUCAGAAUCUGGUCCAGCCGAGAACAUGCUGAAUCAGCUUAAUCUAGAAUCCGACCAUGGAGUCCUCGAGGCUAUAAACCGCCUCGAAGCUGCAAUAUUCACCUUGAAAGAGAAAUACACCGAACAAAGUGGCAACAAAUCUCCAGUUCGAACUUCCUGGCCUUUUGUCAAGGACAAAAUGGCUGGUAUGAAUAAGUCGAAAUUACUCACUUAUCGAGCCGAUAUUCUUCUACAGCUACUGAAAUCAAAAUAUCCAAAUCAUCCUCAAACCUUUCUAGAUAUCUCAAAAAUCCAAUAUGGGAAGGACGUUGGGCACUUGAUUCUGGAAGCGUAUUCACGGGUGCUCGGAAACUUGGCGUACAUCAUACUCUCUAGAAUUGCAGAUGUUCUACAAGAGGAUGUUAUGUGCAACAACCCAAAUUCACCUGCACCAUGUUGUUUUCCAGGGAUGAGUCUGUUGAACAAUUGCAGGGAUCACAUGUCUGCUCUCCAUGCGUGGCAGCCACUUAUCGGCCACCCGAACAGUCAUCCCAAUAUGACAUUCUCAGCCUGCCAAGUCAGAGGAAACUCUCCGACUGCAAGUCCGAGCCGAAACCAAACAUCGUGGUGCAUGGGGAGAGAGGUUUGUAGGAGUGUUUCAUCUGGAAAUAAGUCACCAUAGCCUUUUGAGGUACAUUGACACUUGCACUUUGUUCCUCUGGGAAUCAGAAGCAUACAUAUUUUGAACUCAUUGUAUAUUGACUGUAAAGUUUAAAAAGCACAGUAUAUUUAUAGUUUUGUGUUAUUCUAUUUAUCUUUUUGAGGGAUUUUUCAUGGGAUAAAGACUCGAGCCUAGGGUGAAAGCCCUCAGCUCAUGCAUCAAUUUAUCGAAAGAACCAAUGUUAUUCCAA